AUGGCUGGCACCGCGGUUGUCAAGGCCCUUGUGGCAUCUUUGCUUCUGGGUUCGGGCGCUUCAGCGUCUCCUUUGGUUAAGAGACAAACCACGCUCACGCUUGACGGUGUACAGGAGCAGGCCCUUGCCAAUGCGUACAAGGUACUGGAUGGGACUCUGUCAGAUGGUCUGAACAGGUCCACAUCAUGUAACAAAGACACUGUUGCUGUACGCAAAGAAUUCGGCGACCUCACUAAAGAGGAGCGGAAGGCAUAUACAACAGCCGUAAAUUGUAUCUUAAAGGCUCCAUCCAAGCUUCCUGCCGGUCAAUACCCGGGCGCAAAGUCUCGCUACGAUGAUUUUGUAGUCGUCCACAUGAACAUGACGCCAUCCGUUCAUGCCACCGCAAACUUCAUGCACUGGCAUCGCUACUACAUAUGGGCGUAUGAAACAGCGCUUCGCAAGGAAUGCGGCUACGAAGGCUACCAGCCCUACUGGAACUGGGCAAAGUACAAGGAUUUGGUCAACAGCCCUAUCUUCAACGGCGAUGAGUGGAGCAUGGGUGGCAACGGCGAUCCAAUUGGCCCACACGCUGGCAUGAGUGUAGGACCGGGACAAACGCUUCCAGGCGGUCCAGGCGGUGGUUGCAUAUCUAAAGGUCCUUUUACCAACCUGACAAUACGUCUCGGUCCCAUAGCAUCCACCAUGGACCCCAAGCUGAACAUCAAGCCCAAUCCGCGUGCUGAUGGCUUCGGUGACAAUCCUCGCUGCCACCGUCGUGACGUGAGUAACUUCUUCACAGAAAGUUACUUGCGGCCUCAGGAUCUCCUAUCCCACAUCACCAGCAACAAAGCCAUCGGUACCUUCCAAGAUUCUCUCCAGGCCAGCAAUAGCAACAACCUUGCUGUGCUUCACAUUGCUGGUCAUUUCAGCAUAUGGGGCGACCCUGGCGGUGAUGUGUACGUGAGCCCUGCUGAACCAGCCUUCUGGCUGCACCACAGCCAGCUCGAUAGACACUGGUGGAUGUGGGCCAUGUAUCAGGAGAAGGAGAUCAAGUCUCGGACGAGUAUGUACGAAGGCGGCACCCAUUGGCUGAUACCCAACAGUCCUAGAGGCAAAUCGACAGAUGAGCAGGAGCUGAACGUUGCAGCUCCACCGGGCAAGAAUCAUCUUGAAAGCAAUCAGUUUUUUUCUACCACAGCAGGGCCGCUGUGCUAUGUAUAUGCUUAA